CUUCAACAGGCAGUUUGUCUUUCUUCUUGGCUGAUCUUUUCCACUUCUGAGUGUUACUUCAACCCCAGACCUGAAACAUAUGACCUGUUAAUCUGCAGCACUUUUCAGCACCCUUGGGAGAAAAAGGACUCCCAUCUGAUCAGAUACGUCCAAGCUGCAGAGACACAAAUAGCAACACCAAGGCAUCUUCAAAAUCUUAUAUACUGGAAGAAAAGAGAGAGAGAGAGAGAGGUGGUUCUCACAGAUUCUAUUCACAGUCUGUUUUCAAACCAUCGUGCACACACGUCCGUCAUGGAAUUCAGGAGGACGCAUCAAGCUUUCCGGGAACGGUGGGAGAAGACGGAUGACAAAAUGUGCAAAAACAGCAUGUCCUUUCACCUGCACAAUACGCUCAGGCAAGAGUUUUUCGCCAGCUACCUUUACCUGCUGGAGCAGAUACCUUUGGUGAAACUAUAUGCCGUGACCUGUGAGUACAUCAUGGGAGAGAAGCAGUUCUACUACAGGGCCCAGAAUUUUUACAGAGAUGUACCAGCGUCAGAGGAGGGUAUGAUGGGAGGUUUUGUGGAGAUCUCAGAGGUGGACCUCGAGGGAUCCAGGCAGUUCCUGAAGAAGUUUGUGGGACCAGGGAAGGCCGAUACCAAGCGGGCCCUUGAUUGCGGCUGUGGGAUUGGCCGGGUGGCGAAAGGGGUUCUGUUUCCUGUAUUUGAAACCAUGGAGAUGCUGGACAUGAUGGAGGAGUUUAUUCUCCAUGCCCAUGAGUGUUACUUGGGUGACUACGCUGACCGUGUGGAGACCUACUACCUCGACAGCCUGCAGGAUUUCACCCCUCCACUUGAUAGAUAUGAUGUCAUCUGGAUGCAGUGGGUAGCUUGUCACCUGACAGAUAAAGAUCUGCUGGAGUUCUUGAUGCGAGCAAAGGAGAGCCUAAGGCCCAAUGGGGUCAUCAUUAUGAAGGAUAACAUGGCACGGCAGGGCUGUAGACUGGACCCUGUUGACAGCAGCCUCAUCCGCCAUCUGGACAUCAUGAAGUGCAUUAUCCAGAAGGCUGGCCUCACCAUCCUGGACAUGCAGAAGCAGGAGGGCUUCCCUGAUAUCAUUGUGCCCGUGUGGAUGAUUGCCAUGCAGUGAGCUGGCACUCUGUCAGUAUUUCAGGGAAAGCACUGUAAAGAUGACAGGCAGGGUUUUAUAAAUGAAAAAUUCACAGUACAAUAACUACACAAACCAAUAUAGGAUAUAUUAGCAAAAUAGGCUUGCUCUUACCUAGCUAUAGUUUACAGAAACACAGCCUUCUCUGAUUUAUGACUGGGAAGAAUCCUGUAGCAUAGUUUCUGUAUCUAGAAAUAACAUUUCUGUCACAUUGUUACACCUGUAUGUGAUUGAUUGUAGAACUAUACCUGUAUGUCAUCAUACCCAUAUAUUCUAAUAUCUGAUCAUCUGAAGGCCAAUAAUUAUUUAAUUCCAUUUCUUUUAAUUAUAUGCACUGUCAUUUCAAUUAAAUUAUUUGAAUUACAUUCAGCAUAACUGAUAAGAUGUCCAUGUCACUACAAAACAGUUAACAUUCCUUUAUGAGUAAGGCGUGAAUAUAGAAAUCAACCAGUUACAGCCUGAGACGUCAUCAUUAAAUAUUGAAGGCUGUCUUGGCCAUUUUAUUAUUAUUAUUAUUAUUAUUAUUAUUAUUAUUAUUAUUUAUUUAUUUAUUUUUUUGCAUAUCUGCUUAGGAUGCAAUAUUUCUAAGCACUUGUCACAGUAAAUAACACAUCAUCUAUCAUUUAAAAUUUGCUUCAUUCAAAAGAAAUGUUUAAAUCACAAAACAAUGGCAGCCCCAUACUGUAUGUUCUUAAAAUAUUCAGAAUUUUGUCACUUGAAUCUGCAGAGUGUGUCAGUGGUCAUGUAGGCUAUUGUCAUUAAAUAACAGCUCAUGCUGAAAUAUUUGUAAAAAUGGAAAAACUAACUAAAAAAACUUGUUCUCUGCUUAAAAUUGUUUGGUUUAAUUUGAUGUUGAUUAUAUAUGUUAGUUUAGUUGUCUAAAUAAAAUUUUGUUUGAAUUCAAAUAGUAUGUUUCCACAGAAGCCCUGAGAAACAAGGUGUGAAUUUUUUUUUCAAUUGCUAUAUCAUUUUAAUUUUGUAUCUCGGUUAUUUUAACUUUUUAAAUAACUUACUAAGUCAAAAUCAAAUACCAAGUGAAAAUAACAAGCUUACUAAGUCAAAAUAAUGACAGUAAAAAAAAAUAACACCUUGUGGUUCAGGGCUUCCAUAUGUUUGAGAUAUAGAUGGGUGUAAAUAAUAAUGAUUAAUUUAUAAUUAUAAUUUGUAUCAUUUUGGCAUUAGAAAUAUUUACUACCACUACUACCACCACUACUACUACUGCUACUCCUACUACUAUUAUUAUUAUUAUUAUUAUUAUUAUUAUUAUUAUAAGAAUGUCUGUCUUUGAAGAGAAUAAAGAACAAAAGAAUAAUGC